AAGUAAAAAAAAUGUCUUGACUUGUGAAAUUAACAGAGUGGUAAUAGGAUCCUAAUGAGCAGCAAAAACAGAGAAUGAAGAGGAAGAGAGACGGACCAGAGGGGAACAUGGAGAUUGUGUGGCAAACUCCCGCCAAUCCUCCACAGCGUCAAGAUUACGUUUUUCGCGACGGCAUAAGAUACGUCCGACCCUACUAUUUUGAGUUCAUCUCACACGCUAAGAAUCGGUGGGCGGGGAAGACGAUUGUCGAUUUAUUUGCGGAUGAAUUUAAAGGGCGGCCUCGAGAUUAUUAUGUGUCUGCAGUUAAAGCUGGACGCAUACAAGUUGAUGGACAGAUAGUACCUGUAUCAUAUGUAGUUCAGCCAUCACAAAAAAUCAGCCAUUUUCUGCACAGGCAUGAACCACCAGUUAUGGCUAGGGAUGUCAAGAUACUCCAUACUGAACCAGAUGUUGUAACUGUUUGUAAGCCCGCAUCAGUUCCUGUGCAUCCAUGUGGGCAAUAUCGGAAGAAUACAGUUGUUGGUAUACUUCAAGCAGAGCAUGACUUGGCACCAAUAUUUCCAAUUCAUCGAUUGGAUCGGUUGGUCUCUGGACUUCUUAUCCUAGCCAGAAGUGCUUCUAAGGCUGAUAGUUUCAGGCAACAGAUUGAGUCAGGAGAAGUCAAGAAACAGUAUGUUGCGAGGGUGACAGGAGUAUUUCCUGAGGAUGAGCAAGUUGCUAAUGCAAAAGUCAACUACAAUGCACGAGAAGGAAAGAGCACAGUGGAGGUGGAAAAUGGUUCAAAUGGGAAGAGUCCUUCAAAAGGAAAGGAUGCUUGUACCAAAUUCACUAGGAUUAGUACCAACGGUACCCAAAGCAUCGUUUUGUGUGAACCAGUAACUGGCAGAACACAUCAGAUACGCGUCCAUUUGCAGUUUUUGGGGCAUCCCAUAGCUAAUGACAUGCUUUACCUCUCGGAAUGUAUUACCCGUCGUUCUGUUGAAGGUUUGAGUGCAGACAGAGCUGCAGCUAAGUCAACGCUUCCCAUAAAACCCAGUCAUAGUGAGGUUCACGUGCCUCAUUCUACAGAUGAGCCCGUUGAAGAUUUCAACAUUGAUCCUAUGUGUACCAACUGCCCAAAUCUGGCACCUAAAGGAUAUGAUGGUAAUGAAGAGGGUUUAUGGCUGCACUGUAUUAGAUAUUCCGGCCCUGGCUGGACUUAUGAGUGCCCAUAUCCCGAAUGGGCAUCUCUCAGCUGAUUUAUUUUGUAUUUCUUUGUUGUAUUUUCCAUUGGAAACUAUCAUUUAACCUCUUCUAAAUUUUGGGUGUAAUGUUCAACAACUGCUGUUAGGAUACGGAUUAUAGUAACAUGUAAAACAAAUUACAAUAUGGAAGGUUUCGAGGCAGCCAAGAUCCUACUCCAGUAGAUCUUCAAUGUACACUUGAAACUGCUGUAAACUAGCCAACUUUGCAUAAAGAAAAUCGUAUCGAAAUUUGACUUCC